AUGUAUUUAUUACGAUCAUCAACUAGGAAUUUAUUAAGACAUUCUUAUUGUUUGGGCCAUUAUAGAAUCAAUCAACGAUCAUUUCAUCAAAGUACAACCCUACUAAAAGAUGAAAAAACUAAAGAAUUACUCAAGAAUUUAGGGUUGAAUUUACAAAAAGGUACAAUUAAUAGAUCAAAUAAAACCAAGGACAAUAAAACAAAUAGUUCCUCUAUUAAAGAUGAAAAGAUAAAUGACACUGAAAAUGAAAAAGAUGAAAGUGUUACUAGAAUAACUGAAAAUGAUAAUGAAGAAGAUAAAACUGACAACCAGUUGGUCACUACCACUACUACUACCACUACUACAGAUAUACCACCUGAUCAGCAAGAAGUCGAGUUGAAAUCAACUAUUCCAAACGAUGCUAACACUAAAACAAAUUCACAUGGAAACAAUGGACAGACAGAUUCAAAUGGUGUUAAUAACAAUAACAAGAAAAAAAAUUCUGAACCAAUAAAGAAUAAGAAACUGGGGAAAAAUAAACCAACAACAACAACAACCAAUGAUGAAAACAUUAUUCAUGAACAACUUAAAAAUGCCUUUGUUACUGUUGCAUUAAUGACUAAUAAAGAGUUUUUAGAACAAAUUGCAUUAGAUGGUCGAAAUUUCCCAUUUAAACAUUUCAAAUCAGAAUAUUUAAUUGAUCGUCAAGAAAUAUUACGACAAAUUCCUGAUAUGAUUAAUAUUUUUAAUAUGAAAGAUAUGGAAAAAGUGGAAGAAAUUUAUCAACAAUUAUCACAAUUAGAUAAUGAUAAAUCUAUGCAUUUACAAUUUUUAAAACAAUCAUUUAUAGAUUAUAAAAAUGAUUUAUUAUAUUUGGAUCAAUUUUUAAGAGGAAUAAAUCUGAAAUUUAAACAAUAUCGUCGAGGUGAAGUUCGAUAUUUUUUCGUUUAUCCUACAGUUUUUGAACAUGUUCAUGAUAAAAUUUUACAUCAAUAUAAUGUUGUUGGAUAUGAUCGAAGUUUAUUUGGAAUGCCAUUACACCAACAACAACAAAAGAAUAAAGAUAGGCUUGUAUUGCCCCGUGAAUUUAUACAAGAUUUGCCACAAUUUGAUAAUAUUAUUGAAUUGAAUAAAAUUGAUGCUGCCUUGGGGUUUAAACUCGUUGAAGAAAAACAAUCUGGUAAAUUGGUUGAUUCACUUUGGGAUCCUCGUAUGGUUAAACCUUUAAAAGAAUUACAAAAAGAAUAUCAGGAAAGAUUCAAUGAACAAAAAAAGAACCAGACCCUGAAGCAACAAAAACAACAGCCACUUAAAUCUAAAGGAAAAUUUGAUGGGAAAACUCCAAAAAAAUAUAUCGUUAUAAAGAAAGGUGGUUAUAGACAAAUUAAAUUAAAAGAAACAAGUUUACAAUAUAGUCCAGUGAUAAGAAGAAUUGAAGAAGAAAUUGAAAUGAUGAUUAAUGAUUUAAAUAAACAAAUUAAAACCACUUUAGAAUCAGAUAAUAUUAAAGUAUUAAUCCCUAAUGAUAAUGACAAACAAAUGGUUUCUAACUUUGCUUCUUCUCCUUCAAAAAUUAAAACCAAUCAUCAUGAAAUUGUUUUCAAAGAAAAGAUGUAUCAAGGUUAUAUAGUUUCUGUGGAACGGAUUAUUCUGAAAAAUUUCAAUAUUUUACCAAAUUAUGCUGUUUUUUAUCAUGGAACAAAUUAUCCUCCAAUUAUUAAACGGAAAUUAUUAAAUCAUAUUUUUAAAAUAUUUUUAAUUAAUAUUAAUGAAAAAUUUGAUUAUUUACAAAAAAUUAAAUAUUUAACUCAAAGACAACAAUUGGAAUUUCAAAGGAAAUUAAUUAAACAAAUUAAAUAUAUUAUAAAAUUCAAAUUAUCUCGAUAUUUUGAUAAUAAUACUUUGAAUCAAACAACAAAUUCUUUAAGAUUAAAUAAUUGGAAUGUUUUCAAUCAUGAAGAAAAUAACUCAUAUGAUAACAAUAACCAAUCAAAUGAAGGAAAGAGUUGUCGUGAUAAUGCCAAUAAUGAUGAUGAUGGUGUUCAUGCAGUGAUUUUUAAUCCAUAUACUGAUAAUUGUUUUAAACGAAUUUAUUGGAUUUCUUCUCCAUUCCCAUCAUCAAUUAUGAAAAGACAAAAUAUGAAUUUAAAACGGAAAUUUACAAAGAUAAAAUUUAAAACAAUUGAUGAACGUUAUAUUACUACCACUAUUGCAUGA